GAAAGCAAACGUGGGCCGUAGAAGACGAACCACACAACUGCGACAGCUGAUAGAGCUCAGGAUCACAAGAGUGGGAAGACGAUUCUGAGUUUCUGAUUUUAUAUAUAAAAAAAACAGGUAUUUUACAUAAUUCUUCUCUUUUUCCUCUAAAAUGGGUACCCAGAGGAAGAAAAAAAGUUAACAGCAAAAGUUUUCCUCCAACAGAAAUGGACCUGGCUUUUGCUUCCCCCAUGUAUCUGUCUACUGGAAAGAGAACUCUUGAGAAGAUUAAGCCUCAUAGCUCCAUGCUUACUGCAAGCCAAAAGUCUUUUCCUCGGAGAUUAUCACCAUGUUUGGCAACUUUAUCAUCCCAAGUAACUCAGGCAUUGGAAUUUGAGGUUGAGAACAAAAAACAUGAUUUGUUGAGAGCAGUUCAGGACACCCAACGGGGCCUCACAACAACGGCUGAUCAGCGCUCUCUAAUAGAGGAGGCCUUGGUGAGCGUGGAAGGGUACAACAGGGGUACUCCAAUUGACUUGGUGAAAUUGGAUGGGACAUGGCGCUUGCAGUAUACCUCUGCUUCUGAUGUUCUCAUUCUUCUGGAGGCUGCUGCAAGGCUUCCUUUCUUCCAGGUUGGGCAGAUCUAUCAGAAAUUUGAAUGUCGGGAUCAAUCUAGGGGAGGUAUAAUCCGAAAUGUUGUUCGAUGGAGUAUCCCAAAUCUGUUUGAGGAACAAGAGGGUGCAACUUUGCUUGUUUCUGCAAAAUUUGAUGUCGUUUCCGUUCGUAAUAUCUACCUUCAGUUUGAAGAGAUCACUGUUCAAAAUAUAAAAAUCAGUGAAGAACUGCAGGCUCUAAUCGCCCCAGCAAUACUACCCCGAUCAUUUUUAAGUCUGCAGAUUUUGCAGUUCCUUCGUUCUUUCAAAGCUCAAUUUCCUGUAACAAAUAGAGCACUUUCUGCAACAGAUCCAGGAAGACGAUCAAUAGGUGGUCUAUAUUACCUUUCUUACUUGGAUUCCAACAUGCUUUUGGGGCGCUCAGUUGGUGGAGGAGGAGUAUUUGUCUUUACUAAAGCUCAGCCCCUUGACUGAAGAUAUGCAUGUUACAGCUAGCCGGCAAAGUGUCUGAUUUUAAAAUGAUUAUUUGGUAGCGUGGUAUUGGAACUUCCAUUUUCAUAAAAAUUGAGAAGGGAGAUCUUCAAAGACAUGUAUCUGACAUUGUUCUUUUACUUAGCCUGCGUAAUCUUCAUGUUUCCAGCUCUGAUCAAGGUGAAGUUGAUUCUUAUGUACACGUAUACGACUAAUGGAGUAGUUUGGAAAUUGUUAUUUGGAGUUGCUUUCUUCAUGGCAGCUAUGGUGUUCAUAUGUUUACUGGAUGCAACCAAAAAAAAACUCAGUAUAUAAUUUAAACAAGUAUAUCACAGAAUGCGUUAAAGGUAAAGAAACUUCAUGGGUUAUUCAUACUCGUGAGCUGUGUAAUAUGGUGAAUAUGCUUAAGCAUACUUAAUAAUGGAUUGAUGUAGUUGAAAAGACUUGAUUUUGUGAAAAUAUCAAGCUCCUUCAAUGACAUGCGUGUUCUUACAGGCCA